UGCCUCCCGAGUGGUGGUCUCCUGACGCCUGGUAAACUUGGCCUCUCCACCUUGUCUUCAAGUCCGGUCGGGGGCUCCUCUGGAUGCCUAAACGGGACGCAAUUGGCCUGCAAUCUAGGUCCAGGAAGCGGUAACUCCCUUGGUUCUGUUGGCACUAACGGCAUCAGCAGUCCUCUUGAUCCAUCUCUAGCCCCAAUGGACGAACAUGCCUGGGCUGAACUGCAUUCUCGACUAGCCUCAGAUCCACGCAUCACGCAAGGACGGCAUUGGACGCAGUAUCGAGAAGCGCGCGAAUGGACUCGUGCGACUUGCGCCCUCAUGUCAGCAGUGUUCACGCGUGACCAGAUGGCUACUUGCACCGUCUUGGGUCGAGGAGGCGGCGGUGGUGGCAACAAUAUUGUUAAUUGCAUUGGCGCUAUGCAUGACUCAUCGACUGGGGCCGUCGUCUCGACUUCAAUACCCCCCAAUUCUAGUCACCAGCCCAGGCCUCGGCUCCCAAGUCAGAUGAUCCCGCCCGUUCACAGGAUAGUCGCCUUCGAUCAUGUCGUUAGCCUAGACCUCUACAUGUUGGCGACCCUAGCAUAUAUAGAAACACGAAUUCGCUCUAUGGGUCUACUUGUACUUCGUUCUCUUCGGAACUUUUAUUGCAUCGUUUUAACUAUUCUUUUAAUUCCUUCAUCCACACCUCAAUUCCACUCAGCCACCAUCCAUCGCCAAUUCAAUAUUCCCCCCUCGAAGGUGCGUGCCCGAAUGGCUCAGAAAUGCAAAGAUGAACGACGUAUGCGAUUCGGAGCCAAGGAACCAGCCACCUCUGUUUCGCCUGGGGCUCCUGUCCAGUCUGCCAAUUCUUCUGUGCCAAGGCUGCGGCUACAUCAACAGCAGCAAUCGCAACAGCAUCAUUUGCUGCUACAGCAACAGCAGCCUUCGUUGGAUAAUCAGAUAAGGGCUCAUCCGCUCUCGGCCCAGCCUGAUCAACAUGCCUCAACUCCCAGCGGUCAAGAUUUGACAACUUCGAGCCUUGCUGGCUCGAGCGUAGUGAGCGGUCAAGCAAUCAAAGCAGGUAUUUAA